ACAGUGUAAAACAAGACGGAGAAGCCCACAUGGGAAGAGCAAGGUUGGUGAAGUCUAGAUCUGAGACUGCCUGAGAGUAUCUAGCAAACGAUGGUUAUCCAAACAACUAUAUAAAAAAAGCAUGGAGGUUGGUGAAGUUUGAGACUGCCUGAGACUAUCUAGCAAAAGAUGGUUAUCCAAACAACUAUAUAAAAAAAGCAUGGCUUUGGCUUUAUGGCUAUUUCGGAGUAGACGAGCUUCACCUCCAACUCCAAAAUCCAAAUAUUGCAACCAUGUUUGCCCUGUUCAUGUUGUUUACUACUAUCAUCGCACCACUAAUUCCAACCCUCUCUUCACAACCACCACCACUAAUUCCAACCCUCUCUUCAGAACCACCACCACUAAUUCCAACCCUCUCUUCAGAACCACCACCACUAAUUCCAACCCUCUCUUCAGAACCACCACCAAGUCAAGAACAAUCAAUACCACUGUCGGUCGUGCUGGAGAUUACCUUCGGUCUAACAAUAUCAAUCACCUUAACCGUCACAGUGACAGUUGCCAUUACCCGGGGAAAAGAGGACAAGGGGGAGCCAGGGAAGACAGGAAAGGAAGGGCCGAAAGGGGAGAAAGGGGAUCCAGGGUCGCCAUGCAGGCCAAGGUGUCCACCGCCGCCAAAAAAGUGUGACCAUGAUGGUUGGUAUUGCUAACUGAUAUGCAUGUGCGAAUAUUGUGGAAUCAACUAUCAUCUAAUAGCAAAGAUUGAUGUCAAAGUUUUGAAUUGAAGAUUGCAAAUGUUAUAUUCGGUCGUGGGUUUGCUGUGAGCUUUGAACAUUGGUUUUGAUGUGAUGUACUUGUGUGGUUUGGAAUAGUUGUUUUAAUUUGGAAUUGUAAUAAAGAAGGUUAGUAGUAUUUGUGGAAGUUUGGAGGUUAGUAUUUGCAAAUGUUUUGCAUUUGUUUUGGUGUUUAGAUUUCAUUGUAAAUUGUGUUUGUUUUGAUAAUAAAAUUUCUCCUUUAUCCAAACAAAUAGGAAAAAGCUUGUCAAUGGCAUGUGUUGCCUAUAAAAUACUUUUAACAGGGCAGUUUGUUGUGCUUGGCCAUAUCCUUAGCUAUAUUCGAAAAGUGACUCUCUCAUUGAAUAAAAUGGAUUGUAUUGAAUAUGA